AUGCACGAAGACGGCUUUCGCGGCCCGGAGCAGCAAUUCACAAUCAUCAACCUGACUUCCCAUGAGAUCGUCGACUGCUUCAAGAAGGGCCACAAGUUACCAAUGGCAAUAGCGAAGAACCAGGUGGAUCGCAUAGCCAAGAUAGGCGAGAACUUCACGAUCGGCGUCAUCGUGGCCGGCGGUAGUCUGAGAACUAAAGAGGCCAAGGAGCUCUUCUUUGCCGACUGCCCGCUUCCCGGCCACUGCAUCAAGUUUGUUGAGGCCAUGAGCGUUCAAUAUGUCUCCGUCACCAACUGCCACGGCGCGGCUGUGGCCAUCACCAAGAACCGGACCGUGAUGGAGUUCCUCAGGUCGGGCGCUGCUAUUGCUAUUCAAAAGCUGACUCUUAAGAACAACAAUCAUCUGUGGGACGACUUGGCGCUUAUGGUUUUGGACAAGGACCAACCCAUCUCCCAGGAGGAGGAAGUGCAUGGCGAGAACGAACUGCGCAUCAUCGUCGACCCGUUCUACGAGCAGCGCAUGGCCGCGCGUGCCAUGGACGACGACGAGGACAGUGAGGACAGCGAGCACGCCAUGGACAUUUACGACUACGGCAAGGACUGCACCUCCGUCCUCACCACCGACGAGCUGAAGCCGCCGCCGCAGGAGGUCCCCCCGCGCACUCUGCACUUCGAGGACUGCUACAACCUAUUCUACCUGGACCAGCGCAAGGGCGGCAAGCUUAGCUACAAGGUUUCCCUCGAAGAGUUGCCCGCGACGCCGCGGCAAGGAACCAGCGCUAGCGGCAACAACAGCACCGUCUUCCUCGACGUCACCGUCUCGCGCCGCCACCCGGCAAUGUUGCCCGAACGCAAGGAUGACAGGCAAUGGAAGUUGCCCAUCUACUUCGACCCGGGCCACAACUACGUGCACGUCGACAUUGACGCCAUGUCCGACUCGGAGCGCGUGUUUGCCGAGCAGGACGAGCUGAGACGUGGGCUCCGACCUGGGCACAACUGCGUGCACGUCGACAUUGACGCCAUGCCCGACUCGGAGCGCGUGUUUGCCGAGCAGGACGAGCUGAGACGUGGGCUGCGACCUAGGCACAACCGCGUGAAAAUCGACAUUAACGCCAUGCCCGACUCGUAG